UUCAAUUCCUCUUCUUAGCUUAUAGAUAUAAUUUUUAUAACUUUUAUGAAGGCUUUAGAAGUAUGAAUUUUUUUGUGUUUUCCCAAACCGAAAUACCACCUACUAACCAAACAAGACAUGGUAUCCUCCAUGGCAAUUCUCGUUAACAUAAUCAUAACGGUAAAUUUUGAGUUAUGAAAUUUUAAAAAUGAAUUUACCAAACUGUCAACGGAAAGAGGCACGCCGCAAAGCUAUUAUUAGUUAAUAAGCGAAACACAACGAAAAGCGGACGCAAAAUGAAUAAUAUAGUGAACUUUAAAAACAUAGAAAACUCGCGAACGAUACUUUCAAGGUUGAUACAUGAACAGAUGUUUGUGCAGUGCUACGAAUACGCUUAUGGUGGGACACAGCGUUGAAGCAUAGUAAAGCGUGUGACAUCGUCUUUGAAAGAAGGAACAAGUGCUGUGUAGUGCCAUCAAAAUAAUAAUACGAAAAAUAAUAUUAAAUAUUAUUAAAAACAGUAAAUAAACAUUGCAUAUUUAAAUAUGCUAAAAGUAAUCUCAGGCAUUAAAUUGCCAAUCGCAGCUGGGUGUUAUGUGAACAGUGGUGGCAUUGCCGCUCGCACUUUUGCAACCGGUCAAGCGCUGAGAGAUCAACAUGACUGUCAAGUAUUGAUUGUCGGUGGUGGUUCCGGUGGUUGUGCCCUAGCGGCGAAGUUAUCUUCGAAAUUGGGAAAGAACAAAGUAACCGUUGUGGAGCCAGCAGAGCGUCACUACUACCAACCAAUGUUUACACUUAUUGGAGGUGGCAUGAAACGAUUGGAGCAAUCGUACAAACCGAUGGCAGAGGUGUUACCGAAAAACGUCAACUGGAUCAAGUCAGCGGCUGUGGAAUUCGAUCCGAAAAAUAAUACGGUGAAAACGGCAAAUGGCACGAAUAUCAAAUAUGAUAUGUUACUAGUGGCAACAGGUCUGCAGUUAAACUAUGAUAAGAUACCCGGCUUAGUUGAAGCGCUUUCGAUAACAAAUGGCAAAGUUUGUUCAAAUUACUCACCCAAAUAUGUGGAUCGUACCUAUGAGUGCUUGCAAAACAUACAGGGUGGCAACGCUAUUUUCACAUUCCCCGCUUCACCCGUUAAAUGUCCGGGAGCACCGCAGAAAAUUGUCUACAUUGCCGAGCACUAUUUCCGCAAGUUGAAUAAACGCAAUAAAAUAACAGUCACAUAUAAUACAUCGUUACCAGUCAUUUUCGGCGUGAAACACUAUGCCGAUGCGCUGUGGAAAGUUGUGGAGAAGCGCGAUAUCAAAGUCAAUUUGCGACGAAACUUAAUUGAGGUGCGACCACAGGAGGAUAUCGCAGUGUUCCAAGACCUCGACAAACCGGAGCAGAUUUUCGAGGAGAAAUAUGGUCUGCUGCAUGUCACGCCACCGAUGAGCACACCAACGUUCUUGGCGCAGUGCAAGGAAUUGGUGAACGAGACCGCAUUUGUUGAUGUGGACAAAUCGACGCUGCAACAUCUGCGAUAUAAAAAUGUUUUUGCAAUCGGUGACUGUUCGGCAUCGCCCAACUCAAAGACUGCCGCUUCAGCAGCCGCCCAAUCGCCUGUCGUGUAUCACAAUAUGAUUGCUGCCCUGAAGGGCAAAGCAAUGAAGCGCACAUAUGAUGGCUACGCCUCGUGUCCGCUGGUCACCGGCUAUAGAAGUUGUAUUUUAGCUGAAUUCGACUACGAUCUGAAGCCAUUGGAGACAUUCCCGAUCGCGCAGAAUAAAGAACGCUACUCAAUGUUCUUUUUGAAGAAGGCCUUAAUGCCUACGCUCUAUUGGAAAGUGAUGCUGAAUGGCUACUGGAACGGUCCAGCGCUUAUGCGUAAUGCCUUGUCUGUAUUUAAAUUCGGCAAAAAGUGAAUGUGACGAUACACGAUAAAUAUACAUAACUUAUAUGGCUUAUAAAUGUAUUUGUGAGGAGUUAGCUGCAAUAAAUGCAACGCCAAAAGUCAGCACUGCAAUUUAAGCAAGUUAAAGAGGUCCAACUUACAGAGGCGGCCUCUGGAAGUAGCAAGGUUAGGAAACUAUACAUGCCUCGACAUUUCCCGAAAUUUUAAUGUAAGGAGUAGCAGUAUCAUUCCAAGGAUACUUGGUGACACUGCUUUAAAAUCGAUUGAUUCCAGAAAUUUUUUUAUAAACGAGCGAAUAGUAGGCCACUGAUCUGUCAAUAUUAUGCACAUAUUUAUAUCUAAUAGAAAUACAGUGUUGGAGUUCUUGACAAGUGCGAUAGCCGCACGGAGCUCCAACAUUUAUGUAUAUACAAACUUUUAAGAUACACUGGGUGAUAUAUUUUUUUUCAUAGAAUUAGAAAUAACUUUCUAUCAAUCUUAUGAUAAAGACCAAGGUUGCAAAUAAUACAUUAAAAAAUAAUUAAAUUAAGAUUUAUAUAAUUUUUUGUUUUUGUUUUUGUAA